AUGAAUUACGCCGCAGCACUCCGCCAGAACUUCACAAUAGCGGUCGCACAGCAAUGGGACCUCAACGAGCUUCGCGCCUCUCAUGGUUUAGGCAGCUCGCUCCAAAGUCUUCGCGAGUCGCUUAUGACGGUGAACGGUCAGCUAGCACCGCUGAACUGGCACAAAGAUCAGGAGGUCAUUAUUGUUGUGAUCGGGUUUUACGUGAACGACUUUUGGCGCGGGGAACUCGGUUUGUCAAGAGACGUCGACACAACACCUCUGCUCGAGCACGUUCGAAACGGCGACUCGCAGGCGUUCGAAAUGAUCUUGCCGCCAGCCGAAGGCCAAACCAGAACUUGGCAGAAGGUGCACAACUUCUAUGCGACCGCACAUGCACUCCUCCACGACAAUCUCGAGGUCCCCAUGUCGGAAGCGCUCUCCGCACAGGUUCAAGAGAUUCGACGCCAACUCCGCGACCGACCGUUUGACGCCAGUCUGGCUAGAGACGUUCAUCGCAUUGUGAUGCAUGACUGCAUGGAUUACGCAGGAGAGUAUCGCACAAUUCAAGUCCAACCUCUGAACUCAAAUGUUGCAUACGCAACGCCAAGCAAGAUUAGCCAACGACUGGACGCGCUGUUUGCCAUCACGCAAGAGCUCAUGCCCGCCACAGUGACGACCACGGAGCUGUUCGACCAGGCCAUUAAGGUGGCCGGCGUUUUCUUUCGCGAGUUUCUCCUCAUUCAUCCAUUCAGGAACGGAAACGGGCGUGUUGCGCGGUUGCUUUUAAGCUAUCUGCUGCGCGCCACCACUGCUGUCCCCGUGUCUCUGUUCAUCAACAACAGAGCAGAGUACAUCGAAGUAUUGGAGAACUGUCCUGCUGAGAAAGUACCGUGGGCGUGCAUUGGCUACAUUUUGCGUUGCUGCCUCCACCAGGCCAGUCAAAUGCACUAUCUAGCCAUGUAA